CUUCACUGUCUGUCUGGGAGAAGCCGGCGGAUGGAGCGGAGGGACAACAAACUUGAAAACGGGGGAAGCCGGGGACAAAGUAAGCCGCAACAAUUGAACUUUCAGCGGAUGUUCGUCAUUUCUAUGCUUUAAUUCCUCCUGUAGCAGUCAUAUAUCGUCCUGGUUACAGCGAAAGCCUCGCGGUUGUGUGUUUUUUUUAAUGCUCCGGAUGAAUGUUUGAUGGACCUCAGCGUCUUUCCCUGUAACGGCUCUGAGAGUGAAACAAAGAGGAUGGAAGACACCAACUCUUAACGUGACGGUAUUUUUUUUAUUAUUAUUAUUAUUACUGCUGUUUUCUGGUUAGUUUUUUUUUCAUAAGGACUCAGUUUAUAAGUUUUUCACUAAGUAAGUUUCCGUCGACGCCACGAAGUACUCGCUUUAAAUAGAAGAGUACAGCUAACUGACACCAACGGCUAAAACGGCUAAAAGUUAAAAUGGAUUUAACUUUAAAAUAUGUAUCAUGAAGAGACCCGGAACCUCUCUUGACUUUUUUAUUGUUUGCAUCAGAGAUCUUUAGCAGAUUUCUUCUUUUUUUUUUUAAAUGCAAUCUCUAAAUAUACUUGUGUAUGACAUGGACCACUGAACCUGUGUGUAGGCUGGAAGUUGCAUGGACCACAGGGCUGCACUGCUACAGCAGCAGUGUGAACGGUGAUAAUGGUGAUGAUGUGCACCUGAGGUAGACCUCCUCAUUUCCUAAGAUGAGCCACGGUGCAAAUCUUGUCCUCCAGUGGCUGUCAAAGCUCCACCUGGCCCAGUACGUGGAGUCGUUCAUUGACAAUGGCUACGACGAUCUGGAGGUCUGCAAGCAGAUCGGAGAGCCAGACCUGGAUGCGAUUGGCGUCCGCAUCCAGUACCACAGACACAGGCUUCUCACAGCGGUGGAGACGCUAAGAGAGGAGGACAAAAGGAAAGCGCCGGGCUACUAUUUCACCUUAGAGCCUCUGGACGCUUCUUCUGGCCACCACCACCACCACCACCACCACCACCACACUUCGAUCUCAGACGCGGUGGAUAACCUCAGGAAGCAGAGGUCGCGCACGCGGACCACAGGAAAACACCAGGCCUCCUGUCCUGGAAACCACAACCUGCUAUUCACAGAUUGUAAUGACUUUGUGACUUAUCCCAAGCUUAAACUCAAGGUACUGAUAAGGGAUAAACUCGCAAAAGAUGGGAUCAACCUGGGACAGGCACCGUACACCCACAAGGAUGGCUCGGUGGGGAACCUUGAUGACCUGGCUCAGGAGUACUCUCAGUAUUACGGCACCUCCCUCAGCGACGUGUGUGAAAGGAUGGAGGAGCUACGCAAACGCAAAGUAGUGCAAGACGCAGAGAUGGGAAAGGUUGACUCAAUGGCCACAUCACUGCAGCUCCGCUCUCAGAUCCAGGAAUCCCUCGGGCUCAGCAGCACCACGUCGACUCCAGAGACUGAGAGAAGGUUUCCUGUUCAUAAAUCCAGCUCGGACGACGGAUCAGGAGGAAAAUGGGACGGAAAGAGAAAAGGCAAGUCUUUUUGGCAAAGUAUACGAAAGUCACAGAAGGGAGUGAUGCGUCAGGUUUCAAAAGGUGAUGAUGUCGGUUUUGUGGCCAGUGAAAUCACCAUGAGUGAUGAGGAGCGUAUUCAGCUGAUGGUGAUGGUGAAGGAGAACAUGAUCUCCAUAGAGGAAGCCCUGGCACGGCUGAAGGAGUUCGAGACACACAACAGACAAACAUGCAGGUCCGACGUGACGGAGUGGACCGACGCCUCCGGCCCCAACACAAAUGAGUCGCUCGGCUGCAACCCGUGUGACCUUUCAGACACUGAGCAAGAGGAAUCUGUGACGUUCAAGAGGCUCCACAAACUGGUCAACUCAACUCGGAAAGUGAAGAAGAAGCUGAUCAGGAUCGACGAGUCUAAGAGGCCCGGAGCAGAUGAGAGCCUGAAUGUAGACGAUCCCCCCUGUGGAGAUGCCAGCUUCUCUUUGUAUUCAGGUGUGCAGAAGAAGCCCUCAGUCUGCCCCGUGGACUCUCUGGCCUCGGCUCUACACGAGCAACUCGCCUACGACAGGGACUCCGACAGCCUGACCACCUCCCCCUCGUCCAGCAGCCUGGACACCUGCAGCAGCCACAAGAUCUUACAGCCCAACUUCACCAAGUGCAGUGGGAGUCCUGUUCCCCAGGAGGCCGCCGCGUUAGGGGAGGUGAGGGAGGCAGGUGAAGGCAGCGGCUCCUCCUUUUCUGAAGCGGAGGGCUCCAGUGAUGCGGAAACCAGAAUCGCACGCUCGGUGACCGAUGGAGAGCUUCGUCACAGGCUCCUCAGUCCACUCAGCCAUAAUGGGAGAGCUUCUAGUUUUAGUGGAUUUGACCUGACCAACCGCUUGGUGCAAACGGUUCCCACUGACAAUGAUAACACUACGAAAGAUGGAGACGGCGGCGGAAGAGACUUUGUCAAGUCUCCGUCAACAUCACGGAUCUCGUUGGGCAGGAAGGUCAAGUCCGUGAGAGAAACGAUGAGAAAACACAUUUCCAAGAGAUACAAUAGUUCUCUCUCCGAGCAGUCAAGCCCAGACCGUGCAUCCAGCUGCCCUCACUCCCCCCAGAGAGACUGUGACUCUUUGGAGAAACCCAAACUGAAGCCAGGAGGGUCGGUGGAAAGCCUGAGGAGUUCUCUCAGCGGACAAAGUUCCAUGAGCGGUCAGACCGUGGGCACCACCGACUCCUCCAACAGCAACAGAGAGAGCGUCAAGUCUGAGGAUGGAGAGGAAGAUGAGCUGCCUUACCGUGGACCUUUCUGUGGCCGUGCUCUUGUUCAUACCGACUUCACCCCCAGCCCCUAUGACACCGACUCCCUCAAACUGAAGAUCGGAGAUGUCAUCGACAUCAUCAGUAAGCCCCCGAUGGGCACGUGGAUGGGCAUGCUCAGCGGUAAAGUGGGCACCUUCAAGUUUAUUUAUGUGGAUGUUCUGAACGAAGAGGAGGUGAAGCCCAAGAAGACACGCAGGAGGAAGAAGGCCCGACAGCCCAAGCCCACCUCUGUGGAGGAACUGCUCGAUCGCAUCAACCUCAGAGAGCAUCUCCCCACCUUCCUCUUUAACGGCUACGAGGAUCUGGACACGUUCAAGUUGCUUGAGGAGGAGGACCUGGACGAGCUGAGCAUCAAAGAUCCUCAGCACAGGGCUGUGCUGCUCACCGCCGUGGAGCUGCUGCAGGAGUAUGACGGAAGCAGCGACCCGGAGCGAAGCACUCAGUCCGGAGGCUCGCAGGAGAAGCUGCUGCUGGACAGGCGCGGACUGUUGGGAGACUCCCCGCGCGACUCCGGCUGCUACGAGAGCAACGAGAACCUGGAGAACGGAAGGGACAAAAAGGCGCCCUCGUCCAUGAGCAGGUCUUCGUCCGGUUUCGUGUCCAUCCGCCUCUCGUCCCCAGAGUACCCCGUCCUCCUCCUGCCCCCGACCUCCGCCGGGCAGAGUAAGACUCCUCUCCAGGCCAAACCCAGGUGCCUGCCCUGUAUCCUCCCCUCACUUCGAGCCCCCGGGAGCAGCUCGAGACGGUUCGGCUCAGCCGGAGGACGUCGUCCCACUGCCAGGAGUCAGAGCUGCACGGAGCUCAGGAGGCACGCGGCGCCAAGUCUGCUGCGGCGCUGCUUCUCCCUGACGGCUCUCAACAAAGAGAAACUCUUCGACCGUAAAGACUGGAAAUUGACCACCACCACCACCACCAAAAAGACAGAGAGGAACACGGAGCGAACUCUAAAUCCUCAAAAGCUACGUGCGGUGACGUGUCCGUCCUCUCGGCCUUCGCGCGAGACGGCGUCUGAUGCCGUGUGCGGCGCUUCAAACAUAAACAAAGGCAACUUGCCUCGUCCUGCGACGCGGGGCGCUCACCCCAAGCUGCCUCCCAAACCUCCAGUACAAAGAUUCUAUCAUCCCACAACUACUCCUUCUUUACCACAGCAAGAGCCCUUCUCACCAACAGAAACAACCCGCGGGCACAACCACACGGAUCACAUCUCUUCUUCAGAGAAGACCCGUUCAGUUUCGGCCACUGCUGAAGCCCGCAGGCUGAAAAUGAGAAGGAAUAAACAGACCGCCGUUAACCCUGCAAUCCAGUUGCAGAGUCCUGAUCUGACGAUACUGCCGCUUACUAAAAACGCAGUGGCUCCAGAGGUUCAGUAGGGCUCAACUUCACAGCUUUCACUUUAUGCUGAAUCUAAUAAUAUCAAAUGUUACAUCUGUGCCGGAACCGUGGACGGAUUUAAACCCUGAUCUUUCCACUGACACUUCAGCCUUUGUUUCAGUGGUCUCCAUUCAGCCGAAUCGCCGCCUCUGCAGUGCACCUCAUCAAAGUCCAGUAGUUGCGUAAGCAGCAGCAGCAGCGCUGGCAGUAAGUGGUCGUUUCAAGAGCGAAGCAGUCGUCAAUAAGUGGCUCUUGUUAACCAACUGUUUCAUUUUAACUGUGUGCAAGUAUAAACAGACUCUGCGUUGGUGACACGCUACAGAGGAAACGGGUGAAAAUAAGAAAAGGAAUGAUGGCCGGGUUCCACUUAGCUGCUUCUGUCUGUAAUAUUAUUAGCUUCUAUAAGAGCAAAGCUUUGCUGAUGUUUAUGUUCGCUUCAUGUUCCUGAAGAGAAUUGACAGUAGUGGAAAUUAUCAUGACAUCUUUAACACAAUAAAGUGACAGAAAAUUUUUAAAGUUUAUUGGUUAAUUUUUUUUUUUAUUAUUCCCCACACACGUAAUUAAAAUUUCUUUUCUGUAAUUCAUGCAUUAUUUGUUCCUUAAUCUAAAGUUUCUUUUUACAUAUACAGUGAUAAAUUGCUAACGAGGCUGUUAAUAUGUGUUCAAGUCUUGUGUUAAUGAGUGUUUUUAAUAAAGUUCACCUUGUCGUAUUUAUUGUAUUUAACCUUCUCUCUCCAAACAGCACCAAUAAAAAGAGAAAACCACCA